AUGGCCGAUUUUUCCCUCUGGGGCUCCGGUGGCGAACGCAUUAAUCUCGCGCGUGAACAGCUCAUCUUGGACUGCCCCGGUUUUACAAAUCGCUGGGAGCGUCUGCGUUUCUACCGUGCGAAGAGAGGCAAUCAAAGGAUAAACAAUGGUGAUGGAUCUUUUGAAGACAUGGAGAACAACUUCAUGGAGCAAAGAGCUAAAGAACGCAUCUUCCGACUGUUCGACAAGUCUCCAAUCUGCAUACUACACGAGUACUGCCAAAGUGUUCUGCAUGUGCAGUCAACUUUCAAACCGCUGGUGGUUGAAAAUGACAAACAACUCUUCCACUACGCCAUCGUUAUCAACAAUGUAACUUAUCCAACUGGUUCGGGAAACAGCAAGAGGUUGGCUCGCUCUGAAGCUGCUCGCUUGGCUUUAUUUGAGAUGCUACCGGAGUACAAAGCGUUUUUCGAGGAGAAGAUUCAAUCAGGAUCGCAAAUUACGGAGUCAACUGGGUCUAUGCUGUCUGAGGCUGAUCUUAACCUCUUUCGAGCAGUAUCAGUUACGGAUAGACAGGUGUACGAAAUAGUAACUGCCAGACAGCUAAACUGCGCCGCUCCAUACACCAUAUUCGGGGAGUAUGUCAAACGCCACUGCAUUCCAGAGAGCGAUGUACAUUCGAAUAUGAUUAUUCAUAACAAGAACAAUCAUAUUUAUGAAAUCAGUGUUGGUGAACAUCGUGUACAGGUCUCCUGCAAAAAUAAGCGCAUUGGUCGCAACCACGCAGCUCAGGAGAUGCUAGCUAAACUGCAUCCACAGAUUAAAACUUGGGCCGAUCUUCUUGAACUCUAUGGACCGAAUACCAAGCCAGACAGGAAGUCGGACAACGAAGCUAUCCUCGACGCACAGACGAGAAACUCAAACUCGGUCAAAACAGGCGUAAUUCGCAUAUUAAAGGCGAAAAUGCUAGAAUUGAGCCAUCAGUGGGAGGCGGCUGAAGAUGGAAAGCGAAAGGGGAAGUUCAAUGUAUCGCCUAAUCAUCUUCCCGUUGUCUAUUUCCAUCCGGAUUCUGCCACCAAUGUAUAUUCCUACCCACCACCUGAUCCCUCUUACUCUGGUUCGACCUGA